AUGGAACUCCAAACAUUGCUCCCAUGGUUACUUUUUUCUGCAACUCUCGUUUGGUUCUUCUUCUUAACUACAAAAACACUACUAAAAUCCCCAAAAACACCCUCCUCUUCCACCGCCAUUCCUAAAUCUUACCCUAUCUUCGGUUCUGCUUUUGCUUUGUCAGCUAACUUCAACAGACGAGUGCAAUGGAUCUCCGACAUCCUCCAAACCAUCCCUUCCUCCACCUUCGUCUUCCAUCGCUCUUUCGGCUCCCGUCAAGUCUUCACGGCUGACCCUGCUGUAGUGCAACACAUUCUCAAAACCAAUUUCCCUUGCUAUGGUAAAGGUAUCAUGUUUUACCAAUCCAUCAAUGAUUUGCUCGGCGACGGAAUCUUCACCGUCGACGGUGAGGCUUGGAAGUCCCAAAGACAAAUCUCCAGCCACGAAUUCAACACGAAAUCCCUACGAAAAUUUGUUGAAACAGUAGUUGACGUUGAACUCUCCAAUCGCCUCCUUCCUAUUCUCUCAGAAGCUUCUAUAAACCAAACCACUCUUGAUUUCCAGGACAUCCUCCAACGUUUCACGUUCGACAAUAUUUGCAUGAUAGCAUUUGGAUACGAUCCAGAGUAUCUUCUACCUUCUUUUCCCGAAACACCGUUUGCAACCGCUUUUGACGAAGGCACACGACUCAGCAGCCAGAGGUUAACCGCGGUGACUCCAUUGAUAUGGAAAGCGAAGAAAAUCCUUAACAUCGGAACGGAGCGACGGCUGAAAGAAGCAGUUGCAGAAGUAAGAGGACUCGCCAGGAAAAUUGUUAGAGCUAAAAAAAAAGAGCUUGAAGAAAAAACAUUAUUGUUGGAGUCGGUGGAUCUUUUAUCGCGUUUCUUAAGUUCAGGACAUUCAGAUGAAUCUUUUGUAAUAGAUAUUGUUAUAAGCUUUAUCAUCGCUGGGAGAGAUACAACUUCGGCCGCACUCACAUGGUUCUUUUGGUUACUCUCUAAUCAUAGUCACGUGGAGAAUGAGAUUCUUAAAGAGGUUAAUGAAAAAUCGGAAACUGUUAGUUACGAUGAGGUGAAGGAUAUGGUUUAUACUCACGCGGCGCUAUGUGAGAGUAUGAGGCUGUAUCCACCACUUCCGGUGGAUACUAAGGAAGCGGCUUACGACGAUGUUUUGCCGGAGGGGACUGAAAUAAAGAAAGGGUGGAGAGUGACAUAUCAUGUAUAUGCUAUGGGAAGGUCUGAGAAAAUAUGGGGAGCUGAUUGGGCUGAGUUUCGACCGGAGAGGUGGUUGCGUCGGGAUGAGGAUGGGAAGUGGAGCUUUGUUGGGAUGGAUCAUUAUAGUUAUCCAGUUUUUCAGGCUGGGCCAAGGGUGUGUUUAGGGAAGGAAAUGGCGUUCUUGCAAAUGAAAAGGGUGGUUGCCGGGAUUAUGAGGGAAUUUAGGGUGGUCCCUGCUAUGGAAGAAGGAGUUGAGCCGGAAUACAAUGCGUACAUUACCUCGGUAAUGAAAGGUGGCUUCCCGGUAAAGAUGGAAAAUCGUAACAACACAAAUGAAUACAUAUAA